AUGUCACUGGUAACGGACGAGCCUCUUCUCCUUCUUUGGAGUCGAGUCCAGCAAAAGGGGUCGCGAGAAAAUGUUGCAGUUAACUUUUGGCUCCAUUUAUAUGCGAAAUACGUGUUCGCAGAGAAGGAAUGGAUUAUAGCCGUGGAAGACGCCCCAUCCGAACUAGAGCCGUCCAAAAGAGGAGAUCUCAAAGUGCAAUAUCUAGGAGACGCAGGCUUUGAGCUCCUACUUCACCAGGAGCUCAAACGGAGAGAAGCUACAAAGCGUGACCUUGAAGAAGUGGAACAUCAGGCAUUCAGUGAUUGUAUAUCCUAUCUCGCAGCGCAUGAGGAAGUUUCCAUGGCGUAUGCAGUGACGAGCUUUGGAACUAGGGCAAGAAUGUGGACUUGCGCACGGGAAGCGACAUAUCUGGAACCACUAUUUGGAUCUGAAGAGUUGGCCGAACCCUCGCAAUAUAUCGAGGCUCAUUCCAGCGAAGCAACCGAGUUACGAAAGGGAUACGAUCAUAUGAAGAGAUUCUCACCAGUUGCACGUCGGGGCAUUGAGCCUGGGGAGAGAUCUCCAAAAUCAUCUCGUUCCAAGUAACUCCAGGGACCCCCGGUGCGUCGAGAAGGGGUGAAGUUGGCGUAUAACCACAUGUGACACAGAGCGCAUGAACUUCGGUCAAGAAUAAUUGUCGAACUUUGGCAGGUUAAGCUCAUGUCAGACUUACGGGAUCAAUCACGAUCCGAUUUCCGAGUCGCCCAAACCACCACCUGAUAGUGCCAGUUUCCGGAAUUGAUCUCCAGUUGUCUCCAUUACUGUUGUCACUUAGAGGUUCCACAUCUGAGUCAACCUCCUUCCACUGAACACAGUGGAGCUUUCCCA